AUGGCGGACGUCCCGUUCUGCCUGGCCGUCUGGAUCCAGUCGAGUCGCGUGCCAUGCCCGGUCGAUGAUCGGGCAGGGAAUGCAGGAGCCUCGCUGAAGAUCGAGGAGGACUGGCUGGUGCCACAGCUUCAGGGGGAAGACAUCCAGUUCACCUCUGAGGAGAUCGAACAGACUGUCCAGGAGAUCACUGGCAUCGCGACCGGGAGUGUGAAGGUCUUUUCGGACAGCGACAGCGUUGACCUAGAUGCCACUGACCAUGACAUCGAUGCGGUCAUCGACCAGGCCAACAUUGUGCCAGCUGGACAGGGCAUGCAGCAGUUGGCCAAAAUGACAAACAUUAUGCUGAAUCGCCCAUCCAUCCAGCAUGAAAUUCUUCAGGCCCUUCAGCAGGAGCCAGAGCUCAGGGACAUGAUCGAGUCCAUGGCUACUCGACAGGGUGAUACUGCAUUCCUUGCCUUUGGUGUCCAGAGGCCAGCACUGUUGGGUACCGAUCCUUGUGUGGAGGAUGUAACUGAUGGAGACAAGAAGAAUCUCUUGCAGGCCCUGAUGCACGACAUUGCCCAUGGGCUCGAGGUGGCGGGCGAGGGUGUCACGGCUGCUGGCCAGCGGGUCGGCAAUUUCCUGGGCCGCCUGGGCCGCUGGCUGCGCGGAGCGGGAGACGCAGCAACCCGUGACAACACCUCCAAUGGUGAAAAGGUCAUUGGCCUGACGCUCUGCUUCGCAGCCAUCGUGAUGGCCGUCCUUGUGGCCAAGCGUGUGGGAUUCAUCCGUGUUGUCUCCCGCCACUGA